AUGGUGCUGCUGUGAAUCUUGGCCAUAAAGGGGGAGUCAUCGCCCUUUUGCAGCAAGAAGCUGGGGACUUCAUUGUCCCUUUUCAUUGCAUGCCUCACAGAUUGGAACUGGCCAUGUUGUCUGUCCAGCGGGACAAUGCCAUGAUUGGUCAGGUAUAUGACAUGCUUAACAUGGUUUGGAAGACCUAUCACUUCAGUCCCAAAUCGAUGAGGGAGCUCAAGGCCCUUGGAGAAGACCUUGGGGUGAAUGUGCUCGUCCCCAGUGGGGUUAGAGGGACGCGAUGGCUUCCUCAUGUCUCCAGGGCCCUGGAGACCCUCCUCAGACCUGGGAAGGACAACCAUGGGCAGUUCACUGCAGUUUACUGCCAUAUGGACCACUUGGCAGGGUCUUCUGCCAAUGCAGAUAUUGCAGGGCGAGCCAGAAAGAUCAAGAAAACUAUGGGGGAUGGCACAUUUGUUGCAUUCUGCCACUUCCUUGCUGAUGUGUUUUCUGGGCUCACAAAGUUCAGUCUCCUCCAGAAAAAUGAAAUAAUACUUCCUCAAGCAGUUUGUGGGCUUCAAAAUCUUCUGGCGACCACAGAGGUCAUGGAAGCAAGGCCCAAACCAGGGGGCAGACUGUCACAGCUCCAGGACGCACUUCGGCAACAGAAGAGACAACAAGAAGAACAGGGGGAAAUCCCAAAUUACAAGUUUCAGACAGUCACACUCAAAGGUGACUUUUCAAAUCUGGCAGAAGCUGAGGCUUCGCGCAAGAGGGCCCCUAAACUUCAAAAUGCGAUAGAGGCAACAGUAAGGUCCACAGUGAAGCAUCUGAAGGCCAGAUUCUGUAGCCUCCUAGGCAAGUGAAGUUACAUCAACUUUAAACCUUUCAUAAAAAUAAUAACAACAAUAAGCUUUAAUAAUGUUGACCUAAUAACUUCUUAAUAAUGU